AUGUCAGUAAAUACAGUGUUGACAAUAGGCAGAUGUUUGUCAAGGGAAUAUUUUAUCACUGAUUCAGAUGAUGUAGCUCAGGCCUUGCCAAGGGUGAAGAGUAUAUCUGACCUGGGUGUGGUAAUGGAUGAUCGCCUCCAUUUCAAAGAGCAUGUUUUGAGUCAAAUAAAAAAAUCUAACUCCAUUUAUGCGGCAGGGCUGAUGUCAACACAAUGGGUCAUCAGCUCAGAUUGUGAACUCGACUGGCCAGAAAAGAUUGCAGGAAAUAUUUUUUCACGAAUCGAGUUUUUAGCCCAUGGAAUGCAUUACAAAGAAAAAUAUAAACUAUUCUGGAAUGGUCAAAAGACGGCCAAAAAGGGUGUUGUCAGAGAACGCAGCCAAGAUGUCAUAGAAAAUGAUUCAGAUGAGUCAUAUGAAGAAGUUGACAAUGAAACCGAAAUUAUGUUAAAAAUGGAUGCACAAUUACAUUCUAUCAAAUAG